AUGAGCAACCCACUUGUGGUUAGCAUCUCCAACUUGGCGGCAUACACGCCGCAGGAGACCAUCGAGCUGGUCUCCCGAUCUGGUGUGAAGAGAGGAAACAUGCGACCCGACAAGAUCUUUUUGUCCGCUGUUUCAGCAGGUUGUCUUCUUGGCUUUGGCUGUGGCGUUUCAUUAUGCGCCAUGACUGCUCCAUGGUACGCUGAGAAUGCGCCUGGUCUGGUCAAGCUUUUUGGCGCGGGCGUUUUCCCUCUUGGUUUAGUGCUUGUGGUACUUACCGGCGCGGAUCUAUUUACUGCCACAACCAUGUUCACUUUGACGGCUGUUCUGCAAGGCCGGCUACCUAUUCGCAAAAUGUUAUUGCAUUGGUUCCUUUGCUAUUUCGGUAAUCUUGCUGGAUCAUUAUUUGUUAUGUCUAUCAUCAUGGGAUACGGCGGCGUUUUCGACGCAGACCCCUACAAAGAAGUCGCCAUCAAUUUCGCUACCAAGAAACAAAUCGCACCCGAAGUCCAUCAAAUAUUUGUCAAAGCCAUUGGUUGCAACUGGCUGGUCUGCCUAGCCGUCUUCCUCGGAAUCCAAGCCAAAGAUCUUGCAUCAAAGGUCAUCGGUAUGUGGUGGCCCAUCUUCGCCUUCGUUGUUCUCGGUCUCGAGCACGUAGUAGCAAACAUGUUCUACAUGAGCCUAGCCAUCUGGCUAAAGACCCCGGACCUGACCGUCGGUCUCUACAUUUGGAAGGGUAUGAUCCCUGCUACGAUUGGCAACAUCAUUGGUGGUGGUAUGUUUGUUGGCGUUUAUUACUGGUACAUGUAUCUCGCCAUGGAAGAUCCUGUCCAAGUUGAUGGUGUUGCGUACCAGGGUCCUGUUGUGGACUCUCACAUGCACUGGCUUUCUCCCAAGAGAGAGGCUCCUAUAGAUGAGGAGAGUAGAGUCGAGUCUGCUCCGGUUUCCGUUCCAGCCAGCGUUAUCGCAAAGUAG